AUGGAAUCGAGACUCGGUCGUGUGGGCGAGCUUUAUUGUGGCAAGCAGUUGCUGAAACCAAUGGCUGCUACUCCAGACCACAAGCUUUCUAAAGUCCUUAUCGCAGGGGCAGGAAUCGCCGGCCUCGCAACCAUGAUUUCUCUUUCGCGCAUAGCUGCGAUUCUGGAUCUCGAGAUCCAGUUGUAUGAGCAGGCGCCCGAGCUGCUAGAAAUAGGGGCCAGUAUUGCGCUCAGUCCGAAUGGCAUGCGUACUCUAGAGAAACUAGGCGUCCACGAUGCCCUCUCAGACGAUUUUGUCUUCAAAGGACCAAGUGGAAUUCUCCAAAUCGUUCGGUCGUCUCAGUCGACACCCACCGCAACGUUCCUAACGACCCGCUUCCAUCGAGGCCACCUGCACGCCGCACUGCUGGAGCAUGUGCCCCGACAGUAUAUCCACCUAAGCAAGAAGCUCUUACAUGCAGAUGCAGAUGGGAACGGCGUGGUAUUGCACUUUGAAGAUGGAACUACUGUGCACGGAGACAUCCUCGUUGGCGCUGAUGGCUUAAAUCGAGCACUAACCGAGGCAACCCCUUAUACAAACCUCUACCCCAACUUCGCCGGCGACGCUAGCUCGACUUGGGUGUUUAAAGAUCGGGUAACGCUGGUUCGAGACGCAGCGCACGCUCAUGAAGGAGCGUUUGCGGCUGUGGGGCCAAUGGCUUUGGGUGAUGCCUUUGCAUUAUGGCUGGCGUUCAGGUACAUCUUGACUCGGGCUGGACAGCCUUGCAGUAAAGGAUAUAUUGGCAUUGAAGGCAUUAAGAAGGCGCUGGAGUUAUAUAAGAGGACGAGGAAACCGCAUACGCAUCAUCUGUUGGAAAUUGUGCAUGCACAGCUCAAUACCAAGCUUGUUGCAAGGGGGUCUGAGGAUGAGGAGGAUGAAGAGUGGAUUAAUCGUAUGAAGGGAGGGCCUGAUACGGAGUGGCUGUCAGAGCAUGAUGUCGAAAAGGCGUUCGCACACGUUGUUAGGCAAGAAGAUGAGAGAGUACAGGCCCUGACAGUGUCAAGGACCUUGCUGUUUCACUAUUUCUGGCUCGCUUUCCAUGUCAAGACCUUGAUGCAGCAUUCAAGCCCAGUAGAGAACACUGCUCUCAUGCGAUAG